CUGCACUGGGAAAAGAAGACGGGCCACUUUGCAGAAAAUAGAACUCUUUCAACUUUCUGGCGUGCUCCGCAGUUUGAAGUCUCUACCGUCAACAACAAUUGUUUGUCGCAAUUUCACGUCGCGAUUGAGUGCAUCAAAAGCGCAAAGAUUGAUGUCAUGAGAGGUCUGACACCCACAGCAUAUUCUUGCCAAAAAGGGUUUCGCUUGUUAUCAAGUCUUCUAAAGCCGUGGCCAGAAUUUUUUUAUGAGUGUAAUGGUGAUUAUAGAAAAGAAACGUUCUUAGAGGAGCAUAUUGGUGGUCCAUUGUAUGCAGAGCAAAAGACUCUACCGAAACUUCCUAUUCCAUCCAUUGAUGAAACGGUUGAACGAUUCUUGCCCACUGCCCUUCCCCUUGAAAAGUCAGAGGAAGCAAAGGCUGAACUUAAGACUGCAUGUCGAAGAUUUCCCAAGGAAGCUCAAACUUUGCAGCAGCGUCUACUGGAUUAUCGUGAUAUUGAGAUGAAGGAUUCAAGUUGGUUGCAACUAUGGUGGAACCAGAUGGGCUACCUCAAAGUCCGCGACUCUCUUGUGUACAACGUGUCGUACUUUUUGCAACUCCAGGACGAUCCAAGUAUUGAGGCGUCGGCCUCAUCGCAAGUCCUCAGAGCGGCAUCUUUACUGUUUACUACAGCAAAGUUUCGUGAAGAAGUGUGUUCUGGUCUGUUACCUCCGGACAGAGUUGGGAGGCAGCAAACGCUCCUCUGCUCUUCUACAUUCAAAUACCUUUUUAACGCGUGUCGCGUGCCGUUGGAACAGCAGGAUUCCUACUGCAUCUAUGAUCCAAGCAAGAUGAAACAUGUUAUUGUAGUGAGAAAGGGCCAUUUUUUCUCCUUCGACUUCGUGAACGAAGCUGGGGUUCCUUUACCGACAUUCAUUCUGGAGCAACAGCUUCAGAAGUGCAUUGAAAUGGCCGACCAAAUUCCUUCCACUCGACCGAGGCUAGGUUUGUUGACUUCAUUGGACAGGGAUUCCUGGGCAAAGUCGCGAGAAACACUGAUCAAAAUUGGAGGAGAAAGAAUGCAGGAAGCGCUUAUGACAUUGCAGAGUGGAUCAAUCGUGCUAAGCCUCGAUAAUGAAAUUCCCAAAUCGUUGAAGGAUUGCUCUCAGCAAUUCCUUUCAGGGGGGCAAGGUUCGAGCCACAACCGUUGGUAUGACAAAUCAAUAAAUCUCAUCGUUACCCCAACCGGUAAAACUGCAGUGUUGUGUGAGCAUUCAAUGAUUGAUGGCACUGUUACAUUGCGGUAUGCCGAUCGUAUUGCAAGCGUAAACUCAAACGAAAUCAGCGACAAACCAGAAAAUGACACAACAAGUGCUCCAGCAGUUUCGGACAUAUUUGCUGAUAUUUUUGCGGAAAUGGCGGAAAGCAGUCGGUCAGAGAUCGCAUUGUUGGAGGAACAAGCUCAUGUUGAAUGCAGGACAAAUGUCGAUCGUCACUCGAAUGUUGUAAAUACUUUUGAUGCUUACGGCAGCGAUUUCAUUAAGACUGCUGGCCAUUCACCUGAUGCUUUUGUUCAAAUGGCAAUUCAUCUGGCAGCAUUCAGGCUCUUCGGAGAACAGGCGGCAACAUACGAAGCGACACAAGUACGCACAUUUCUCCACGGAAGAACUGAAACAACAAGGUCUGUUUCUCUUGAAUCCGCUGAAUUCGUCGAAAAGAUGGGGCAGAGUCCAACUUCGAACGAAGACAAUGAUGCAGUCCGAAAGGAGAAGUUAGAAUUAUUGAAGAACGCAACAACGGCACACUCUCGGUAUUCAGCGAAUGCAUCAAGAGCACAAGGAGUGGAUCGUCACUUUUUUGGGCUUUCGGCACUCGUCGAAGGUUCUGAAAUAACUCCAAGUUUAUACUCCAACUCGCUCUUCAAUCAUUCUAAACGCUGGAGAUCGGUUUACAAGAUACCAACGUUACAGACCAACUGA